GCUUUCUUUGACAAAAAAAAAAAAAGACACUAUGCUUUCAGAAACUUCGAAAAUAUAUUUUCCAUACAAAAUACACGUCAAAAUAUAUUAAAGAUAUUCUUUUUCAGAAACUUAUAUCUCUCUUUUUCUCCUUCUUUCAUUUUAUUUGUAUACCUUUAUAUAGUGAUAUCGAAGAUCCUGCAAGACAGAAUAUGCACAUAAAACUUUCGUUCUUGUGAGUUCGAGACUCCCAAGCUAUGGCGGAGAAGGUUACGAUAAUGAAGUUGACGGUCGAUCUAGCAUGUUCCAAAUGCUACAAAAAGGCCAAGAAAGCUAUCCGCAAAUUCCCUCAAAUAAGAGACGAAUUGUACGAUGAGAAGACUAACACAAUCAUCAUCAAGGUGGUUUGUUACGAUCCUGAGAAGCUUAUGAACAAACUCUGCUACAAAGGAGACCGUUCUAUCAAGUCCAUAGUGAUCCUCGAACCACCUAAGCCGCCUCCAGCCCAGGCUCAACCUUCUGAGAAGUCCAAAGAGCCCGAGAAGGUUCCAGCUCCAGCUCCGGUUCAAGCCCCAACUCGAGUUUUUAUUCAGGCUCCAGUUCCGGCUCCGGCUCCCCAACUGAUGCCAAUUAGUGCGUAUCAUUGUGGGCCGUACUAUGAGGCCCAACAGUACCAGUAUUCCUGGAGGCCCGUCAACGAAAGCUGGGGAGGUGGGCCACACCUACACUGUUGUCACGAAGUCACGUACCAACAAAGCUGCUCCAUCAUGUGAAUGUGAAACACUAAACUUAAAUAAAAAACUUUCCGUUGGUUUUCAGUAAAGCUAAAAGCUUCAUAAUUACAUACGUAUAUAUAAUAUAUACAUAUACAUUUAUGUGUAUUUAAGAAUCCAAGAGCAAGAACCCCCGUUGAGGUUGCUCUUCGUUUCGUAAACCUAGAGACCACAGUAUAUACCAACAUCCAACAACUAUAUACACGAAGUUGUUUUUAAUUUCUUCGUCUUGUAGCAAUAUUUAUCUUUCGAGGCAUCUUUCAUGUAUGUACACACAAUGACACAAUAUAUGGUUUUGUUUUCUUGUUUA